AUGACGUUCGGCUGCCUGUCCUUCCAGCAGCCUUAUGCAGGUUUUGUAUUAAACGGGGUCAAGACGGUGGAGACACGCAGGCAUCCGCUGCUGAGUGGCUACUGCAGCUGUACCAUUGCCAUCCACAUUGCCAUCAGGGACUGGGAAGAUGCCACCUGGAGGAAGCUGCUGGUGGACAGGCUGGGGAUGACCCCCGCUCAGCUUGAGGCCUUGCGUCGGGAAGGGGAGAAGUACGGCCGUGGAGUGGUAGCUGGCAAGUGGCGAUGCACCUGGCUCUGGGCUGCGGGUGGUGGAGCUGGGCUUGCACGAGCUCGGGAGCUCAGAGUCACCCAGUGUCCGAUGGGGUUGAGAAUCCAGGACAUCAGGCUCCUCUCGUCCUCCCAAGAGGAAGUGUGUCUGUCCACAGCGCUGUCUUCCGUCUAG